AUGGUAGCGACCGGGACAGUGGGCCCUCAUCGGCCUCGUCCCCACGCACGUUCAUCGUCCCAUGGCUCCUCAUCCUCUGCUGCUGGUCCCUCCUACUCGCGCUCAGCACCCGUGUCACCCUCUACCAGCUUUGCCAGUCUCACUGCUCUUCGGAACAGUCUCGCGAUGAGGAGCGGGGACCUCGGUCUCGAGGAGAGCGCUCACACAUUCCCCGUGGACGAGGAAACUUCCAAUGACCAACGCUCGUCCAAUGCCUCUAUGCCGUCGACGUCCAAUACGGCGGCGCGGACAUCCAUGAGUACAGCACCUCAAAACAACCUACGCGGGUCCUUCUCGCUCAGCCGAUCUUCUUCGGCUCAAGCUGCGUCUUCGAGCGGUCCUGUUCCUCCACCACUUUCAAUGCACAACCUACCUCCGCCAAGGAUGAGUCUCUCUGCUCAUCCUGACAGGAGAAUAUCCCCCUUCCACGAGGGCAGAGGCAUGAGCUUCACGCCGGCCGCCUCCCCUCCCCUCAAUCUCUCCCCAACAGUACCAAUGGGAUACUUUGAGCAGGAUAUGCAGUCAUCAUCCAGGAGGACCUUGCCGCCUGGCGGUUCGAAUCGUCCGCGCUCAGCGAAUCCCAGUCGCAGCUCAAGCCCCAAUGGCUCCGUCCUCAGUUUUGGGCGGAGUGACCACUCCAGAAGACAACAAUCCAACAGGCCGAGAUCGAGGACUAUCUCAGAUGCUACUGCAGGUGUGAUGCCUAUGAGAAGAAUCAACAGCAGACAACGGCAGUUGUCCGCAGAGCAAAGCAGCGGCAACGUCGCUCCGCCCGCAGAAGCAAUCAACAUUCGAAUGCCCCGAAUUUAUCGUCGAGCAUCAUCAGCUGCAGGCUCGUCAGGUGGAUUCCCAGAAUCAGACGCCAGCGAUACAGGAGAGGAAGGAGAUGCAGACGAUGUACCCCAGAGGCCUGUGCGUGUGCGCCCUGCGAGGACCAGGAGCAGUUCUCAAGUAUCCUCGACUGGUCUUUCUGAGAGCUAUUCGCACUCCGGAUAUCGCAAUCGAGCCGAGGUCGGCUACCCUGCAAUGUCAACGCGGCGGCCAGGCUUUGCGACUACGGGUGGUGGGUCGUCACCACGAGGUUCUUGGUACAGCCGUAGUCCUACAAUAGAGUUCUCAAGUGGAAACCACUCAGCCGGUAAUGGAGGUGGCAGCAGCUUCUUAGAUUUGGCCUCUGCCGGCAUAGACGACUUCAGUACCGCUGCUGGCCAACUCUGGCAGCUGCAUCAGGCUGCUCUGGGCUAUUCGACAAUGGCAGGCUUAGGAGUGGAUAUGCUCGCCGACCACUCGCAUGCUUCCCCCAAUGCACAUGCGGAUGCGAUGGCUCCUCCUCCGCCCUAUCAGGCCAACGAUGAUGUCGACCACAUCCAGAUGACUAGACACUUGGUCAAUCAGCUGGAGAGAGAGCAAGCAGAGGCUUCACUGGGACGGCGUCUAGGCGAUUCGCAAGAUGGAACACCGCAAGGUUGGGGAACACCUGCGACAGAGCGGGACGGCGAGUCUGGAGCGCAGGGUGGCGAAGGCCUUUCGUUCAGAUCGAUGCCGCAUCGGAGGAGAGAGGAUCGUCGAGUCUCGAAUGGCUCUGCUGUUCCAGCACGUCAGGCAUCUCUGGUAGCCUCAGCUGCCUCGCCUGCGCAGCCAAAUGGGUCAUUGGCCCUGUCCGCUACUUCUGACGUCUUGGCCAAUGCAGCAGUCGACGCCGGGGACCCUCAAUCACCUGAUGUCCCCGAUGCCAGCCCGCCAGCUUGGCAGCCGAAGAGCGACACUGAGGGCGAUACCGACACGAACGAGGGCGAUCGACGUGCCAUCGGUGAGCCAGCUGAUGGCGCUCUGACCUCUCCUGAUGCUUCAAGUCAGGUCUUUGCGAAUCAAAGGUCUCCGCAGGAUCGCAAUCAGCCACUUUUGAGACAAUCGCUCCGCGGCCGUCUGGCUGCCUGCCCCUUAGUUCGGCAAAUGGCAGAGGAGGAAGACUACAGUGGCCCUUCGCCUUGGGUAUUGCGCUAUCUCCUGCAUCCACUGCGACUUCUAGCUGCCGUACCUGGCUGCGUAGGGACUUUUUGGCUCAUUCGCAACGCCGUAGUGCACAUGCAGACGUCGGGCUCUCUCUUCGUUCGUGGACCUCUAGAUGUCGACCAACCGCAUAUGUCGAAUCCCUGGAGGAUGACUCGCGCGCUCGACUUUCUCCUCGCCAGUCUAUGGGCAAUAAGCACAGCGUAUCACGCGCUCAGUCUUACGACUCUACUACUGCGAAGAUGGCUCAUCUACUACUCACUUCUGCCCUCUCUCAUCCGGCUCCUCGCUCUGCAAGCCAUCUGCUGGCCCUUGGUAAGGAUGACCAUCUUCAUUGCUGGACCUGACCGGCCCAUCGAAGCCUGGGUUGUCAUUGCCUCUACAACGGCAUUCAGCGAUGUAGUCGCGAGAUGGGUCACCAGCAACAUUGCCGAUGCGCCUACCAAGAGGACCGUGCAGAGGCGAAGUCAGCCGCCGACGACUACGAAUGGCGGACGAGUGGGCAGGAGAUCACGAUCGAGGUCCGGUGUGGGAGCGGGCAACACUACGACCUCACUACCUGCUGGGCAGGAGAAUGGAGCGCCGACUACCACUAGCUCUAGGAGCAGCAGUCGCGAGCGCGGUGCUGAGCGACCUUCACAGCAACGCCGUCGCCAGCCAAACAGCAGUACCGCCACCUUUUCGUCCAGCCAUAGUGCCAGCUCAGUAGGUCGAGCACGCACAGGACAACGCUUCUGGCGAGCGGUCAUGGGAGCUCCCAUCGAUUCUUCCACUUCCGAUUCGGAUGGAUCGGCCAAGAGUGAUGAUGAUGAAGACGAAGUUCGCGCUUUACACGCUUCGGCCCUCGAUGCAGCAGCAAAUAGACCAAGUCGACUUGCCAGCCUCUUCUUCCGGGGUGGGCGCGGACGCACCGCCGGGACUGGCGGGACAACGGAGGGUACAGCUACCGAGACGGACGACUUCGAUCGUGAUCAUCAAGGCCAUACGGUCUUGACUGAGACGGACUUGGAGUUCGAGGGAGAAGGAGAGACGACGGACGCGGGUGCAACGACGACUGCUCUGCUAGAUGAAGACGAUGAAGCAGAAACGGCCGAGGAGGCACUGCACCGUUUGCGCGUCGCUCUCCGACGUCGACGGCGCCAUCGAAUGCGACUUAAGCUCGCCGCCCUCCAAGGGGGUCUCAGUCCUGGCUCCGGCUCUGGAGGAGGAGGAGGAGGAGGAGGCGCUUCAUACCGGUCGAAUUCGAGUGUUCCCAGCUUAUGGUCUACACGAGCGACGGAGACGGCCGCUUCUGGUGGGGCGGAUGGGGCUGGUGGAGUUAAGGUCAGGAGCAGGAGAGUCUUCCACUGGGAAGUGGCGAUGAAGCGGAACGUUGCGCCGAUUGGAGUGCUGGCUUACCUGACGCUCUGGGGUAUGCUAAUUGGAGCUCAGUAA